GGGUCCUGAUUCCUGCUCGCACCGCCUCUUCCGCGCAUGUCAAACGACACGUGCGUCGGCUGUUGGUGUCGGUAGCUCGCUCGCGCUGUGUUCGUCAGUUAGUUGCUUAUUUUUUUUAAUUUGUCGAUAAUUAAAGUCUCAUUAACUUUGUGCGGAGGGUCGCAUAGUGUCUGUAAAUGGGGGGUCUUCAAAAGAAAAAGUUCGAGAGGGGCUCUGCCACCAACUACAUCACCAGAAACAAAGCUCGCAAGAAGCUGCAGCUCAGCCUCCCGGACUUCAGGCGACUGUGCAUCCUCAAAGGUAUCUACCCUCAUGAGCCCAAGCACAAGAAGAAGGUGAACAAGGGGUCUACAGCAGCAAGGACUUUCUACCUGCUCAAAGACAUCCGCUUCCUGCUGCAUGAGCCAAUCGUUGGCAAGUUCAGAGACUACAAGGUGUUUGUACGCAAACUGAAGAGGGCUUAUGGAAAAACAGAGUGGUCUGCUGUGGAGAGACUGAAGGAGAACAAGCCGACCUAUAAAUUGGACCACAUCAUCAAAGAAAGGUUCCCCUCCUUCAUCGACGCUCUCCGUGAUAUCGACGAUGCCCUCUGCAUGGCCUUCCUCUUCUCCACCUUCGCCCGAACAGGAAAAUGUCACGUUCAGACCAUCCAGCUGUGCAGACGUCUCACCGUGGAGUGGAUGAACUACGUGAUUGCGUCUCGUUCUCUCAGAAAGGUUUUCAUCUCCAUCAAGGGAAUAUAUUACCAAGCUGAGGUGAUGGGACAGCUCAUUACAUGGCUGGUGCCAUAUCAAUUCUCUCAUGACCACCCGACAGAUGUCGACUACAGAGUGAUGGCAACUUUCACAGAGUUCUACACUACUCUGCUGGGCUUCGUUAACUUCAGACUCUACCAUUCCCUCAACCUCGUCUACCCACCAAAGCUGGACAGUAAAACAGAGUCGGAGCUGAAGGAUGAGGAUGACUACGCCAUGAAUUCAGAAAGCUACUUGGAGAAACUGUCAGCGCUGAGUGCCAGUCUGGCACGGGUGGUUUCUACUGCAGAGGAGGAGGAGGCGCAGCUCGACCAGUUCCCUGUUGAGGGGGAGGACAUUGAAACGAUGGAAGCCAGGGAAAAAGAAGAGAAACAGCAGGAGGCUCAGAAAAAGCUUUUCGAGGGGCUCAAGUUUUUCCUCAACAGAGAAGUGCCCAGAGAGUCGCUGGCUUUCCUCAUCAGGUGUUUUGGAGGUGAAGUGUCCUGGGACAAGUCUGUUUGCAUUGGCAGCACAUACGAUGUGACGGAUGAAACCAUCACACACCACAUUGUUGACAGACCCAACGUCGACAAACAGUACAUCAACAGAUACUACAUUCAGCCCCAGUGGCUGUAUGAUUGUGUCAAUGCCAAAAUCCUCCUGCCUGUGGAGGAUUACUUCCUCGGAGUGACUCUGCCUCCCCACCUCUCUCCCUUCGUGGAGGAGAAGGACGGAGACUACGUGCCCCCUGAAAAACUCAAGAUCAUGGCCUUACAACGAGGAGAAAAACCUGCUCAAGAGGACGAGGAGGAGGAGGGGGAGGAAGAAGAAGAAGAAGAGGGUGAGGAUGAAGAGGAGGAAGAAGAUGACAACGAAGAGGAAGAUGAAGAGGAAGAAGCAGAUGAGAAGAAUCUUAAGAUAAUGGAAGAGCAAAGAUCUCAGGGCAAGUCUCUAAAAGUCAAAGUAACGCCCGGCAAAGUGAAGGUGGAAAAUGCAGCACGCUUGGAGCAGGAGGAGAAGGCGGAGGAGAAACGUCUGGCCAUCAUGAUGAUGAAGAAAAAAGAAAAGUACCUCUACGACAAGAUUAUGUUCGGAAAGAAAAGAAAGAUCAGAGAGGCUAACAAGCUUGCUGCCAAAAGAAAGGCUCACGAUGAUGCUGAAAAGUCAGACAAGAAGAAGAAGGCAAAGACCAGAAAAUGACUUGUGUGAAUAUAUAUCUGUCAGACUGACUUUAUGUAUUUAACUCCAUGAGGCAGAGUGCAUUACAGGCUGACACGUGUCAUGGAGAGCGCUGUUGGUGAGCUACAUGCACAGUGAUGUGGGUGUACUGACCUCUGCAUACUUCCAAGCUGACAUGCUGACAUGUCCCAUGUACUAAUUGUGUAAUUAUUAAUGUAAAAGUGACUGUUUGACUCUGUUUGUAUGAACUGUUCCACAUUACACAAGAUAUUUCUUCUUAUUUUCAGAUCUGUACUUGAAACGAUCUGUAUUUUAAAGUAAAAACACAAUGUUACUUGUGAUCUUGCAACAAUAAUCAAAUGGCAUUGAGGUUUCUUACUGUUUGUUUUCGAGCCCAAUCACAGACAUAUCUGUGUAUACGUUAUUUGAUAUGCACCAAUAUGAAAACGGUGUGUAUAUAAUACAGAAAAUCAUGUUUGUAGAGAUACUCUGGUGUCACUGCAUGUUUAUCCAGCAGACUAAACUGCAAUUUGCAAUACUCAGGCAAGGAGUACUGAGUAAAAGAGAACCAGCUCUGAGUAUGUUUAAAGAAUAUAAAUGUUCUUUAAUAAAGUUAUUUGUUUAAGAAA